AAAUGCUUAAACAUUUUUAAUGUAAAAGAAUAAAAUCAUUUACUAAACGCUGAACAGCAUAAAACAUUUGACCACUGCUGUUACAUUUUUUAGUGCUUUUAAACUUGAGUUAUGUAAGUUUAAAAUAAGGCUGCAAAAGAUACCUUCAAAAAACAGUCAGUAGAUUUUUAUACAGACUUUGACUUCGGACAUGACUGGGUGCCUUACUGCCCCAGGAUACUGUAUGAAUAGGCAGCAUUAGUUACAUUUCAUGCACAGCCAUAAAAGAGAAAAGCUGAAGAUGAUGUUAGGCUGAGCAUGAAAGUCUGUGAAUAAUUUGAAGCUUGAUUGAAAGUGAGAAAAUAGAUUGUCAUGAAGGGUCAUGCGGCAGAUAAUCCGCUAUGUCCUUUAGCCGUCCUGGUUGUGAGAGACGCUGUUUAUUAGUCAUGGCUGCUUAGAGGUUAACUGAGGUUAUAGUAAAUGGAGUUUAUGUGGUUUAUUUCACAGUUGUGGCAAUGCCUGGAUUUGAAUAGCAUAUACAAAUAUAAUACUGUCCAGCGUCCACCUCCAACAUGGUAUCUGAUCUUUGUAGUGUACAGUUCGAUAAAGAUUAGUCCCCUCACACAGCUUAGCAUAAGCUAAGCCUCUCGCUCUUGCUCAGCGGGUUGCAGGGAAGAGCUGGUUGCAACCAUUAGCGUAUACCACCAUAAGCUGUUUGUGGCUUGUCCACUGUAUGGUUUUCUGGUCAAUGUACUGACAUAUUUAGGUGGUGAUUGGAAGGUUGGUUAAGUAGAUUUCAGAGAAUGGACUAAAGAAGGAGCUAAAAAAGAAAGAUUACGGUGAGAGGAACGUGCUGAAGGGAAGGUGGAGGUUUCUGUAUUGUGCUGAUUCAUCCCUUUUCUGAAGAUGAGGUUUAGAACACUACUUUGGCUGUUUCUGGGGUUCUCAUAUGGGAUGACCACUCAGGUACCUGAAAUAACACCAACAGCCGUGACUGAAAUAGCAACAACAGAAGAAGACCAAGGAAGUGGUCUGCUGGAGGUGGAGCAGGAGGAGGAGCUGGCAGACACGUACUGGUCUGGGACGGCGCCACUGUGUUUCGGAGGCUGCAGGGGGCGUCACAGGGAGCUGAAGAAGGACAGCUGUGGGGACUCAAACUGCUGCUGGGUAGGCUACAAGUCCCUCUGCAGGGUUAACUGUGGCCCUCCUGAUGUGGAUUUUAAUGGGAUGGUGUAUGGUAAUGACUGGUGGGUGGGCUCCGUGGUGCGAUACGAGUGCAGGCCAGGCUUUGUCUUAGUGGGGGACCCAGCACGGGCCUGCCAAUCCAAUGGGAAAUGGACCCCGAAGCCAUCCUGCCUCAGAGUGUGUCAGCGGGGUCUGGUUGAGGUCGGUCAGAAGGAAAUUGAUGGUGCAUGCACCUCCACCUGCCCAUCAAUUAGCUAUACAGGCUUCGGCUCCCUGAGCCAUGGCUGCAGCCUCAUCAACAACUGCAGGACCAAAGAUGCUGGCUGGCAACGCUGGUUUUCACGCUGUGCCUCUUGCGAGUGUGACUGCUUUAUCCCCUGUGCGUCAGCAGGGUAGAGGAUUUUGCUCCUUCUCCUCCACUUUUACAUGGACAAGCCACACAAAAUACUGAAAUGCAACUCUUUUCAGGAUUAAUUUGUAUGGAUGAUCAAAAGUUCAGGGAUAUUUGGAUGGUCACCAGUCAAGAAGGUUAUUUACACAAGAAACUUCAUUUCAAGAUGCUUUGUUCUUCUUACAGACACCACAAAAGAGACGUCUGUUUAGAAGAGACAGUCCAGACUGGAGUUAUUUACUUAAACAUGAAGGAUGUUUAAUUCAACUGUGACUGUACAUGGGAACACAGAACUUCUGGUUUGUCACUGACCAAAACCAGUUACUUUCAGCCUGUAUUUCAGGCCGGUGUUAGGAGAAGGCCCCUCCUCUGCAUUCACGUUUCAGCAGGGAUUAAAGUUAUUGACCUUCACAUUCAGCUCUAGUCUGAGCUCAGCAUGGAACUAAACACCUAAUCUUGUUACCCACCCAACACAGGCAUCUCAGUGUUGUAAACUGUUGUGUACUGUGUGUUACUUCAGUUUUUCAUUAUAUAGUGAGCUGCUAUUUUAUUAGAAACAUCUACCAUGUGUCUGUACGCAGCUGCCAUUCAGGUCCACUUUGUAGAUUUACAGUUAGUACAUGUAGUUUAUGAGAAACUGACCACUGAUGAAGGGCACACAUUCUGCAUCAACAAAUGAGCUAUGGUCACUAAAUCUACAGCAAGGUGUACUUACAAGGUAAAUGUUUUUGUAAUAAAAAGGCCAGUGACUUGAUUUAUCCCAUGAAACACUACAUCAGGUGGUGAAGAUUGCUCUUUAUUUAGUCUUUUGGACAUCAUUAUGUCUGUUCUAGAGAAACAGCAGAAAUAAACAAACAGUUAGCAGUGUU